UCCACACUCGAGGUGAUGUGACAGCUGCUGUAUAUAUAACCGCAGUAAGAUAGAUGAUCCAUCACAGUCUACAGCAUGUACCGGACAGCGACCAUUGUAGCAGUCCAGCUGGUCGGCCUCCUCUAUGCUGCGAGUAUUAGUGACUCGAGUAAUGAUGAUGUUCUAACAAUAGGACUACAGAAAAAUGCGUUAAAUUUGGCACACCUAACAGGCCAUUUAAAGGCCCUUAGCAAGAAAAGUGGAGAAAUCAGUCUAAAGGAUGUUCAAGAUAUGUACUACUACGGACCCAUAACUGUUGGAACACCUCCCCAGAAAGAGCUGGUGGACUUUGACACCGGGUCUGCUGACUUGUGGGUGCCAUCUAAACAAAUAUGCAAAAGUCAACCAAGUUAUUGCAAGGUGCAUAGAACGUAUAACGACAAGAAAAGUAAAACAUAUAAGAAAAAUGGGAAACCAUUCAGUAUCACUUAUGGCAGUGGAGAAGUCUCGGGCUUCGUAUCGCAGGAUAAUAUUAAGGUAGGAGGUCUGCCAGUGAAAGGUCAACUGUUUGGCGAGGCCACAGAAAUAGACUCCAAUACAGCCUCUGCCAAGUUUGACGGCUUGCUGGGGAUGUCAUUUACCUCACUCUCUAGCAUUGGCACCGACCCUCCCUUCGUCAACAUGGUCAAACAGAAGGUGGUAAAAAAACCAGUGUUUGCAUUUUAUCUCAACAAGGAUGAGCCAUCGUCAGACGCUAGCAAGAAGCAAAGUGCAGAGUUGGUUCUUGGAGGCGUGGACCCUAAACAUUACACUGGGGAUUUCGUCUUCGCUCCUGUCAAGGUACCGCUGUAUUGGAACAUCACCGUUGAUGGCAUGUAUUUGAAAAAGAAGAAAUUAUUCGGAAGCUACCCCGCCAUACCUGACACUGGCACCACCCUUAUCUACGGGCCUCCCGACGCCAUAAACCCCAUCAACAAGGCAAUUGGAGGCCAACCGGAACAAGGCAUUUACGUGGUCGACUGUUCUAAAAUAGACUCCUUCCCUGAUGUCUACGUGUCUAUAAGCGGCCAGAAACUUGUUAUGCAUGGGCCCGACUACGUUAUAAAGUUAAAGGACAGUUCAGGAUUGACAUGCAUCAGCAGUUUUGUACCUGCAAAUUUGCCAUUCUACAUCCUGGGAGAUCCAUUCCUGCGCAAAUACUACACUCAGUUUGACAUGGGCAACAAACAGGUUGGCUUCGCUCUUGCCAAGUGAUAAGUUAUCAACUUGUCUUGUAUAUCUAUUGUGUUUCACAAUUAAACUAAAUACAUAAUUAAUAAUUA